AUGCUACUCCGCAUAGCUCACCUGGCCGGCCUGCAGCUUUUGAUUUCCUGCUGCCGGGCCUUUGCCUGCCACAGCAUGGAGUCUUCUGACUUCAGCCUUCCCGGGGAUUACCUCCUGGGAGGCCUGUUCCCUCUCCAUUCUGGCUGUCUGCAGGUCAGGCACAGACCCGAGGUGACCCUGUGUGACAGGCCCGGCACCUUCAAUGAUCACGGCUACCACCUCUUCCAGGCUAUGAGGCUUGGGGUUGAGGAGAUAAACAACUCCACGGCCCUGCUGCCCAACGUCACCCUGGGGUAUCAGCUGUACGAUGUGUGCUCAGACUCUGCCAAUGUGUAUGCCACGCUGAGAGUGCUCUCCCUGCAGGGGCCACACCACAUAAAGCUCCAAGGAGACCUUCUCCAGUAUUCCCCUAAGGUGCUGGCGGUGAUUGGGACUGACAACACCAACCAGGCUGCCACCACAGCCGCCCUGCUGAGCCCUUUCCUGGUGCCCCUGAUCAGCUAUGCGGCCAGCAGCAUGACGCUCAGCAUGAAGCAGCAGUAUCCUUCUUUCCUGCGCACCGUCCCCAGCGACAAGUACCAGGUGGAGACCAUGGUGCUGCUGCUGCAGAGAUUCGGGUGGACCUGGAUCUCUCUCGUUGGCAGCAGUGGCGACUAUGGCCAGCUGGGGGUGCAGGCACUGGAGGACCAGGCCACUGUUCAGGGCAUCUGCAUUGCUUUCAAGGACAUCGUGCCCUUCUCUGCCCGGGCGGGCGAUGAGAGGAUGCAGGACAUGAUGCACCACCUGGCCCGGGCCAGGGCCACCGUCGUGGUGGUUUUUUCCAGCCGGCAGCUGGCCAGGGUGUUCUUCGAGUCUGUGGUGCUGGCCAACCUGACUGGCAAGGUGUGGAUCGCCUCAGAAGACUGGGCCAUCUCCACUUACAUCUCCAGGGUGCCCGGGAUCCGGCACAUUGGGACGGUGCUGGGUGUGGCCAUCCAGCAGAAGACCAUCCCUGGCCUGAAGGCGUUUGAAGAAGCCUAUGCCUCGGCAGACAAGGGGGCCCCUAGGCCUUGCCCCAAGGGCUCUUGGUGCAACAGCAAUCAGCUCUGCAGAGAAUGCCAAGCUUUCACAGCACAUAGAAUGCCCAGGCUCACAGCCUUCUCCAUGAGUGCUGCCUACAACGCAUACCAGGCUGUGUAUGCGGUGGCCCAUGGCCUCCACCAGCUCCUGGGCUGUGCUUCUGGAGCUUGUUCCAGGGACCAAGUCUACCCCUGGCAGCUUUUGGAGCAGAUCCAGAAGGUGAAUUUCCUUCUACAUGGGGACACUGUGAUGUUUAAUGACAACGGAAAUCCCCUCAGUAGCUAUAACAUAAUUGCCUGGGAGUGGAAUGGGCCCAAGUGGACCUUCACGGUUGUUGGCUCCUCCACGUGGUCUCCAGUUCGGCUAGACAUAAAUGAGACCAAAAUCCAGUGGCACGGAAAGGACAACCAGGUGCCUAAGUCUGUGUGUUCCAGUGACUGUCUUGAAGGGCACCAGCGAGUGGUUAUGGGUUUCCAUCACUGUUGCUUUGAGUGUGUGCCCUGUGAGGCUGGGACCUUCCUCAACACGAGUGACCUCUACAGAUGCCAGCCUUGUGGGAAAGAAGAAUGGGCACCCGACGGAAGCCAGACCUGCUUCCCACGAACUGUGGUGUUUUUGGCUUGGCAUGAGCACACCUCUUGGGUGCUGCUGGCAGCGAACACGCUGUUGCUGCUGCUGCUGCUUGGGACUGCUGGCCUGUUUGCCUGGCACCUAGACACACCUGUGGUGAGGUCAGCAGGGGGCCAGCUGUGCUUUCUGAUGCUGGGCUCCCUAGCAGCAGGUAGUGGCAGCCUCUAUGGCUUCUUUGGGGAGCCCACGUGGCCUGCAUGCUUACUGCGCCAGGCCCUCUUUGCCCUUGGUUUCACCAUCUUCCUGUCCUGCCUGACAGUUCGCUCCUUCCAACUAGUCAUCAUCUUCAAGUUUUCCACCAAGGUGCCCACAUUCUACCAUGCCUGGGUCCAAAACCACGGUGCCGGCCUGUUUGUGAUGAUCAGCUCAGCUGCCCAGCUGCUUAUCUGCCUAACUUGGCUGGUGGUGUGGACCCCACUGCCCACUCGGGAAUACCAGCGCUUCCCCCAGCUGGUGGUGCUUGAGUGCACAGAGGCCAAUUCUCUGGGCUUCAUCUUGGCCUUCCUCUACAAUGGCCUCCUCUCCAUCAGCGCCUUUGCCUGCAGCUACGUGGGCAAGGACUUGCCAGAGAACUACAACGAGGCCAAAUGUGUCACUUUCAGCCUGCUCUUCAACUUCGUGUCCUGGAUCGCCUUCUUCACCACGGCCAGCGUCUACGACGGCAAGUACCUGCCCGCAGUCAACAUGCUGGCUGUGCUCAGCAGUCUGAGCAGUGGCUUCGGCGGGUAUUUUCUGCCCAAGUGCUAUGUAAUCCUCUGCCGUCCAGACCUUAACAGCACAGAGCACUUCCAGGCCUCCAUUCAGGACUACACGAGGCGCCGCAGCUCCACCUGACCAGUGGGUCAGCAGGCCUGAGGGUCGAAGGUCGAGCAGGCCACGGGUGUCCGGGAAGCCUUUGGGCUCCUCAGUCUGGUGUUAGGACGUGUAAGCGCCCGGGAGAGCCCAGACCAGGCUCUGGGCUGCCAAUAAAGAAGUGAAAUGCG